AUGGCGAAGACCAGAGGAGGCCAUUCCGCCUCCCCAUCCUCACCGACACCUCGACCACAUCGAGCCGCCAUGGGAGCCGUAGCUUCGCCACCUGUUCAGGCCCCGGCCAUUCCCCCAUCUGAGGGGGAAGCUCCUUCUCAGCGUCGAUACCCCACCAGGAGGCCACCCACGGACCCUGUGCCACUAGUCGAUCAGGCCACGAGCCCUGUUUCUCGGCCACCAGCGAAGAGAACCAAGUUCUCGGGUCCUGGAGAGCCAUCCCACGCACCUCAGCCAGACCCACCUACAGAGGACUCCCGGAUUCCUGCGGAUAUUCCUCUCGAGACCGUUAUCAGGCGUCCCAUGAUAGCUGGACCACCGAUAGAGGGCAAUUUGGAUUGCAGAGAUCGAUCCUUCCACUCUGAGACCUACUUUGAUAUAGAGAUUUUAGAGCAUCUGGGCUAUCCUGAACAGCCCCGUCUUGAGAGGCGCCGCCAUUGCAGAGAGGAUUUCUCUCUCGACAAAUGGCAUCACUUGGUAGCCUACUUUGCACCCGAGGGAGCACCAGCUGUGCCUGCACCUCCAGAGCUACCCUGA